AUGUCCUAUCCGCAACAACCACAACAAGGAUAUUACCCUCCCCCUCAGGGGCAAUACCCACCUCCCCAGCCAUAUCCACCUCAGAUGCAAUACCAAGCCCCGCCUCAAGAGGAGAAGAAGGAUCGUGGAUGUUUGACUGCUUGUCUGAUGGCCAUGUGCUGCUGUUUCCUUUGCGAGGAGGCCUGCGAAUGCUGUAUCGAAUGCGUUGAGUGUUUGUGUUGUGGAUGCUAA